AUGGUCAAGUCAUACCUCAAAUUCGAGCCCUCCAAAUCCUUCGGCGUCGUCGCAUCCAGCAAUUCGAAUCUCGUCUGGUCCCCCAGAGGCAAGGCCGGCACCGGCGCAGGGCAAGCUAUCGUCGGCUCGAAUGAGGAGGUUCUAGUCUGGGACAUCAAGAAGGGCGAGCUGCUAGGGCAUUGGCGCGAUGAGAAUUGCCGGGCGAAGGUGACAGCGAUCGCCCAGAGCCGGAACGACCCUGACCUGUUUGCCGUCGGUUACGAAGAUGGCAGCAUACGUAUCUGGGACAGCAAGAUUGCCACUUCGGUGGUGAGCUUCAAUGGGCACAAGUCGGCCAUCACGACCCUAGCCUUCGACAAGACCGGCGUGCGCCUUGCCAGUGGCGCCAAGGAUACCGAUGUUAUCGUUUGGGAUCUUGUUGCCGAGGUGGGACAGUACAAGCUGCGUGGACACAAGGAUCAGAUUACGGGCUUGCAUUUCGUCGAGCCAGAUCCGAUACUGGAAGGUGAGGGUGAGGAGGAUGAGCAGGCUCUGAUGGCCGUCGAUACCGAAGCGGCUGAGGGGUUCCUCUUGACGACGGGAAAGGACGCGUUGAUCAAGCUUUGGGACCUUGGAUCGCGCCACUGUAUCGAGACGCACGUUGCGCAGACGAAUGGCGAGUGUUGGGCUCUGGGCGUGACCCCUGACUUUAGCGGGUGCGUCACGGCUGGGAACGACGGGGAAAUGACUGUUUGGGCGCUUGAUGUAGCCGCUCUCGCCUCGUCUGCGCAGGCGGUCGACUUGACACAAUCCAUCAACUUCCUCCGCGACCGGGGGACAUUACACAGGAACAGCAAGGAGCGAGCUGUCGAGGUGAUUUUCCACCCAAGGCGAGACUACUUUGCGGUACAUGGGGUAGAGAAAUCGGUAGAGGUCUGGCGGAUACGGAACGAGGCGGAGAUUAAAAAGAGUUUGGCCAGGAAAAAGAAGAGGAGGAGAGAGAAACAGGCCAAGGAUAAGAAGGGGGCUGCAGACCAGGAGAUGGACGAUGCCGAGGACAAGCCGGACGAUAUCACAGAAGCCGACAUUUCCGACGUCAUUGUUCAGCACGUUAUCCUCAGGACAACGGGCAAGGUUCGGUCCGUUGAUUGGGCUACUAACCCAGGGAACAAAGAGUUGCAGCUGCUGGUCGGGUCAACAAACAAUCUGCUAGAGUUGUACUCGGUACUCGGGAAGGACAAGCUGAAAUCGAAGGGCGACGUUCCAGACUACAACAAAGCCUUGGGCAUUGAGCUCCCGGGGCACCGGACAGACAUCCGCUCAUUGUCCAUCAGCUCCGACGACAAGAUGCUGGCUUCCGCGGCUAACGGAUCUCUCAAAAUCUGGAACAUCAAAACACAAACAUGCAUCCGGACGUUCGACUGCGGUUAUGCCCUCUGCUGCGCAUUCUUGCCUGGGGACAAAGUGGUGGUGGUCGGAACCAAGGAGGGCGAUCUCCAGCUGUACGAUGUUGCCUCGGCUGCGCUCCUCGAGACAGUCAACGCACACGAGGGCCACGCCGUCUGGUCGCUACAGGUUCACCCAGACGGCAAGUCGGUCGUGUCGGGUGGCGCGGACAAGACGGCCAAGUUCUGGGACUUCAAGAUUGUCCAAGAGCAGGUCCUGGGCACCACGCGGACAACACCAAAACUGAAGCUGGUGCAGUCGAGGAUACUCAAGGUGUCGGAUGAUAUUUUGAGUUUGAGAUUAUCCCCUGAUGCCAAACUACUAGCUGUGGCGCUUCUCGACAGUACCGUCAAGGUCUUCUUUGUCGAUAGUUUGAAGCUUUACCUCAAUCUCUACGGCCACAAACUGCCCGUGCUCAGCAUGGACAUCUCCUACGACAGCAAGCUCAUCGUAACGAGCUCGGCAGACAAGAACAUCCGCAUCUGGGGUCUCGACUUUGGCGAUUGCCACAAGGCCCUCUUCGGCCACCAAGACAGCAUCCUGCAAGUUGCCUUCAUCCCCCACAACUCAGACGGCAACGGCCACCACUUCUUCAGCGCCAGCAAGGACCGCACGAUCAAAUACUGGGACGCCGACAAGUUCGAGCAGAUCCAGCGCAUCGACGGCCACCACGGCGAGAUCUGGGCCUUGGCCAUCAGCCACAGCGGCACCACCCUCCUCUCGGCCUCCCACGACAAGAGCAUCCGCAUUUGGGAAGAAACCGACGAGCAAAUCUUCCUCGAAGAAGAGCGCGAAAAAGAACUCGAAGAGCUGUACGAAUCCACCCUCACCACCUCCCUCGAACAAGACCCCGACUCCCAAGACGCCGACCGCGAAGUCGCCGCCGCUUCCAAACAAACCGUCGAAACCCUCAUGGCCGGCGAGCGCAUCGCCGAAGCCCUCGACCUCGCCACCGCCGACCUCAACACCAUCCGCGAAUGGGAAGCCGCCAAGCAAAUCACAGGUUCAACAGCCCCGCCCCAACGCAACCCCAUCUUCAUCGCCCUCGGCAACAUCUCCGCCGAAACCUACGUGCUCAACACGCUCCAAAAAAUCAAACCCGCCUCCCUGCACGACGCCCUCCUCGUGCUCCCCUUCGCCUCCGUCCCUCCCCUCUUCACCUUCCUCCACCUCUUCGCCCAGCGCGAGAUGAACAUCCCGCUGACCUGCCGUAUUCUUUUCUUCAUGCUACGCACCCACCACCGGCAGAUUGUGGCGAGCCGCACGAUGCGGGCAGCGCUGGAGCGGUUGCGGGCUAGUUUGCGCGCGGCGCUGAGGCGGCAGAAGGAUGAGAUGGGGUAUAAUUUGGCGGCGUUGCGAGUGGUGGGGAUGCAGUUGAGGGAUCGGAGUGUGAAGGAGUAUGUGGAUGAGAAUUGGGAGGAGGAGAAGCAGGGUGGGGAGGGGGGAAAUGGGGGGAAGAAGAGGGGGUUUGUGGAUGUUUCGUGA